AUGGAAGCUGGAAACAAAACAGCUGUCUCAGAAUUCCUUCUUCUGGGACUGACAGAGGAUCCAGACCUGCAGCCCCUCAUCUUCAGCCUGUUCCUGGCCAUGUACCUGGUCACCAUCCUGGGAAACCUGCUCAUCAUCCUGGCUGUCAGCUCUGACUCUCAACUCCACACCCCCAUGUACUUCUUCCUCUCCAACCUAUCCCUUACAGACAUGGGUUUAAGCUCAAGCACAAUCUUAAAGAUGCUGGUGAACAUUCACACACAAAAUCAGAGAAUCUCUUACCCAGGCUGCAUCACCCAGGUCUGUUUAGUUUUGAUUUUUAGUGGUUUGGAGACUUGUCUCCUUGCAGCGAUGGCCUAUGACCGCUAUGUGGCCAUCUGCCAUCCACUUAGGUACACGGUCAUCAUGAACACCCGCCUGUGUGUUUUGCUGACUUUCCUCUCCUUGUUCGUUAGCAUCGUGGAUGGACUACUUCACAGUCUGAUGAUGCUGCGGCUGUCCUUCUGCACAGAGCUGAGAAUCCCGCACUUCUUCUGUGAACUUGCUCAGAUUAUCAGGCUCACUUGUUCUAAUACCCUGGUUGAUAACAUAGUAAUAUAUGUGGCAGCUUCCAUCUUUGUUGGUGUUCCUGUGUUUGGAAUCAUGUUUUCUUAUACUCAUAUUGUGUCAUCAAUCUUGAGAAUGCCAUCAUUAGAAGGAAAAUACAAAGGCUUUUCUACAUGUGGGUCUCAUCUAUCAGUUGUCACUUUGUUCUAUGGGACAGGUUUUGGGGUAUAUAUUAGCUCUGCUGUGACAGAUUCACCCAGAAAGACAGCAGUGGCCUCAGUGAUGUAUUCUGUGGUUCCUCAAAUGCUGAACCCAUUUAUCUACAGUCUGAGGAACAGGGACAUGAAGGAAGCCUUGAGUAAACUCCUUUGUAGAAGAGCUUCACUUGUGUAA